AACACGUAGUGCUUCCCUCGCUACUGACGACGAGCAGCUUCCAAAUUGCCGUCUACGAGCGGGUCACUAGUUGGCAUUUAGCCGGACUUGCUUUGACAUAGUAGCCGCGUGCGGCGGACGGCCGGCCGGCCGGCCGGCUGGCGGGGCAGAUGUAUAGAUGUACUAUAUAUACAUAUACACACGCCAGUGUGGUUUCCGGGCCAUUAAUCGCAGAUUCGCGGUGGUGAUUAUCGAGAUCACCACAGCAGCAGAAGAAGAAGAUGGCUGACUGGGGGCCGGUGCUGAUCGCGGUGCUCUUCUUCGUGCUGCUCACGCCGGGGCUGAUUUGCCAGAUCCCCGGCAGCGGCGGGCGGCUGCCGGAGUUCCACAGCAUGCGCACCAGCGGCAUGGCCAUCUUCGUCCACACGCUCCUCUUCUUCGGCUUCUGCGCCAUCUUCAUGGUCGCCGUCGGGGUCCACCUCUACGCCGACUAGCUUAGCUUAGCUAGGAGUCAGUCGUUCAGCUUGGCCCUGGCCCCUGGCCGCCUGUGUAUCGUUGCUUUCGGCUACUCGAUUGCAGGGCACCAGUCGAUCAGGUGCACGUCGUUCGUAAUUCCUUGUCUACCACUAGUUUUUACGUGUUUGAUACCCCAAG